GUAUAUAUUGAAAACAAUAAUUCUGGGCCAGAUGCUCUCCUUAUUUAUCUGUGGGACUGCUGUUACAAGCCAGUACCUAGCAGAAAAAUACCAAGUGAACACUCCAAUGUUUCAAAGUUUCAUCAACUAUUCUUUGCUUCUUCUAGUAUAUACAACAAUGCUGGCAUUUAGGACUGGCAGUGACAGUCUUUGGCAAAUUUUGAAACAGAGGUGGUGGAAGUAUAUGUUUUUGGGACUGGCUGAUGUUGAAGCCAAUUACAUGAUUGUAAAAGCCUACCAAUAUACGACCCUCACAAGUGUGCAGCUGCUGGACUGUUUUGGGAUUCCUGUGCUGAUGGCUUUGUCAUGGUUCAUUCUCCGAGCAAGAUACAGGCUGAUUCACUUUCUUGCUGUUGCCAUCUGUUUGCUGGGUGUAGGAACAAUGGUGGGUGCAGACAUUUUGGCAGGGAGGCAGGACAGUGAAGGUAGUGACGUGGUGAUUGGAGAUGUCUUAGUGCUUCUUGGUGCUUCUUUGUAUGCCAUUUCUAAUGUGAGUGAGGAAUACAUUGUGAAAAAUCUGAGCAGAGUGGAGUUUCUAGGAAUGGUGGGCUUGUUUGGGACUAUUAUCAGCGGUCUACAGCUAGCCAUUGUGGAACAUAGGGAGAUAAUGAGAAUUCAGUGGAACUGGAAAGUUGCAUUACUGUUCACAGUCUUUGCCCUGUGCAUGUUUGGGCUGUAUAGCUUCAUGCCAGUUGUGAUUAAAGUUACCAGUGCAACCUCAGUCAACCUGGGUAUUCUGACUGCAGAUCUCUACAGUCUGUUCUUUGGGCUUUUCCUCUUUUUCUAUAAGUUUUCAGGUCUUUAUAUCCUGUCCUUUGUUAUCAUCAUGGUGGGCUUCAUCUUGUAUUGCUCCACUCCAACUCGUACAGCAGAACCCACUGCCUUGCCACAGCCUGGCAGCACUGGCUUGGACAACGCUGCCCUAAAGCUCGAGGAGAAUGACAGUGAAACUCCACCCUUAACUGUGCAGUUCACAAGAGGAGAAACUGUGGUGGUCAGCACAGAUUAA